CUCAUGCUGCACGCAGCAACCUAGCCUUACCCAUACAGCCUGAAACAAACUCUCAAGAGACCUGACAAGUGGUUUCCUUACAAGUUCAGGCAACAGCAAGGCAAACUGCAGAGCGCACAUAACGGAACAGGGUCAUAACAGCUAUUCAAACUUUCUUCAAACACUUUAGCCAUGGAGGUUCUUGAAGUCCCCAGCCUACAGCCAGGUGCUCCUGAGCAGCACAAGACCCUCACUGAGAUCUCAGACGAUGAGCUCAACCUCCCUCCCUCUGAUGAAGAAGACGAGGCUUCUGCAGACGUCAAGGCCAAAGAAGGUGCUGAGAAAGAGCAGGCUGACGAUGAAGGCAAAGGCAACAUACAGAUGAACGGUGUGAUGAUUCUGGCUUUGCUGGACAAGAUCAUCGGAAGGGUAGACCAGAUCCAGCAGACGCAGGCUGGUCUUGAGGUCCGGCAGCACGACAUGGAGCGCUCGGUCACCGGGAUCGAGGGCGAGCUGACCAAGCUGUCCAAGAGUCACACUACCACAGCUAACUCUGUGAACAAGAUGCUGGAAAAAGUUCGCAAGGUCAGCGUGAACGUGAAGACGGUGCGCAGUAACCUGGAGAAGCAGGGCGGGCAGAUCAGACGGCUGGAGAGCAACGAGGCUGAGCUUCUCAAGAGGAGAAACUUCAAAGUCAUGAUUUACCAGGACGAGGUAAAACUUCCUUCCAAAACCACAGUCGCCAAAUCUUUGAAAGUUUCCCAGGCCGCAGAGGGCGAGGGUGAACUGGAGCUUAGAUCAGCUGUAGAGGAGGGAGAAGAUGGAGAAGAGAAGGCUAACGUGAACCUGUCCUCUGACGAAGAAGAGGUAGAGGUUGAAGAGACCAUUGAGGAGACCCGGGCGGAACGUAUCAAACGCAGCAGCCUCCAGCGGGUCCAGAACAUAAAAACAGUCUUCUCCAAGCAAAAGAUGGAGAAAACCAAGCAGAAGACAAAAGAAAACCUUGAGAAGACCAAGCAGAAGACCAAAGAGAACCUGGAGAAGACUCGCAUGAAGACCAAAGAGAACCUGGAAAAGACCAAGCAAAAGACCAAGGAGAACUUGGAGAAGACUAGGCAGAAAACGCGUGAGAAUCUGGAAAAAACACGCCACAACAUCGAAAAGAAAAUGGGCAAGCUGAGCACUCGCAUGGCAGUCGAUCCUGAGCGGAAGGAGAAGCUGAAAAGCUCUCAGAAGAAGAUGGUGAAGUCUUUCACACCUGACCAUACCGUUUACGCCAGGUCUAAAACUGCUGUGUACAAGGUGCCGCCGUUCACCUUCCAUGUGAAGAAAAUUCGUGAGGGGGAGGUAGAGAUCGUAGGCACCGAGAUGGUUGAGGUAGGUGGGGAGACAAAGGAUGAGGAGAAUGUAGUGAUGAACGGAGAGGAGGAAGAAGAGAUGGAGGAAGGAGAGAUGGGAGAGAUGGAGGAUAGUGCUGAGAUGCUGGAGACAGGAGAUGAUUCAGAGCUGGUGUAUGUUGAACAGGAUCAGGAUAGAGACAGUGACUAGACAAGUGUGUGUGUGAGUAUACGUGUGUGUGUGUGUGUUGCAAUUAUGGCUAAGAAAGCUGAAGAAUAGACAUAUCCUUAUGGAUUUAUAAAUGCUCAUACAUAGACAGUGCUAAUUAUUACCUGACCAAUGAAAUUGCACAAGAUUCGGUGGUGAAUAGUGCUCAUUGCUUCAACUGUCCAAAAUUUAAUGGAAUUUGUGUCAAAAAGUGAUUGACAGUUCUAGGAAGCAGAAUAUAUUAAACAAACAACAAAGUGUUUGUUGAAUUUUAGCAUUUUAUUUUAAUUCAUUUACU